UUGUUCGCGGUAUUUCGCUAUUUGCGAGCCAAUCCAGUCACGAUCCCCGCGAAUACCACGAGUCCCUCAUUACAGCAACCACAAGCUGAUAACAAUUUAAACUACGAAUGGAAAACGUGAUGUCAUGUGAGUCAACCUAAAUAACGUUGUCGAUUUCUGACUGAACUGUUAGUUUGAACUAUAAAAGUGCAACGGGGCAUCUAAAUGUACUAAGACACAAAAACAUGAGUCACUUGUAAGGCGAUAGCAUCAUCCUGAUGACGUCAUCUGUGAGCGCCUCCGCUGGCCUUCGAGAUGGGCUCGACUUCUGAGCCUUGAUUUUUGUCACACAUCGCUCAUCCUCUCUCCUUAUUUCCAACCCUCAGCAAAGUCCUUCCGCGAUGACAAUUGGAGGAGAAUUGCCAGCGGAAGUCAGCCCGGGGAUUUCAGAGCUGGUGCCUGCGUGGCCCGACUGGCUUGCGAGUGUCUGCCCCUGCGGCGUUCAGUGAAUUUACUUUGUCGGACUCAACGUCGCGAUGAAACCAGCUCAGGAACGCAACCAGGAGUGUCUGCCACCUAAGAAGAGGGACCUCCCUGUUCGUAACUGUGGCGGCACUGCAGGGAUACCAGGAGUGGCGUCUACCAUUGAAAGAGGAGGAGGAGGUGUGGGUGCCAGCGGUGGAGGAAGCGCUGUUGCAGAGGAUGAAGUGGGCUCCAUCUCGAACUGUGCAGCCAACAGUGACUCUCAGGGAGGUCCUCCGUCCGGGGAGUGGCUGCGAGCUCAGCCAGGACUUCACUACGGCGUGGACACUUCUGAGGGCAUAUCAGCAGUGCCAGUAGACCAAUACAGUAUGCUUUAUAAAGUGGCUCUACCGUCUGUUACAUAUUCGCCCACCAGUCCUCACACAGUGUUAAGCCACAUCUCUCCAGCCUACACUGUUCACUCGCCCCUCCUGCAGCAUCCGGGCCUUCCGUAUCCUCCUCUGGGCUACACGCAGCUCCCUCAUUCCUCCCUACAGUUCGUCAGCUCCCCGUAUGCGGCGGUACCGUACGCUUUGCCCCCCGGCUUUGUCCCCGGUUCGUUAAUUUCACCUUCAGCGACCAUCUCUCAGGCCCAUGCCGUGUCGCACCUUGUCCCUUACCAGCCUGUCAUACAAGAAGGUGUGGUCUCCCCACCUCCUCAGGCUCAGGUAGCCACUCAUACCUUUGCCAAAGUUUCUGCAUCCGGCAGCGUCCCGCUGAUGCUGCCGACAGAGCAGGCCGCCCAGCAGCAACUCGGCGCUGUCAGUGUCUUGUCCGGCGCAGAGCUCAGCUCGCGGGGCAUGCCGGUCUUCUACCAUCCUCAGGGUGCUGCCAGAGCCGCCGCCGCCUCCAGGGACACCCACAGUGUGCAUCAGGAAAAGGAGCCAGAGAUAAAUGGAGGGGAUAAGGACCGCGGGGGCAGGGAGCUUGCGUUGGACUCGCUCUACCCCAUCAGGAACACGCGAGUACAGCAAGUAGCCGCCCUACCCGGAGCGCACGAGACCAACCAGAAACGCAAGCUGAGCUCACCCGGCCAUCGCAGCACUCCAGACAGUGACCUCGAGGUGCAGCAGGUGGUUGGCAGUUUGACCUCCUCCUCCUCCUCGUCCUCCAACCAAGAUGUCAGCGGAGGGCGUAAAGAGGUCUCCUUUGCCCCCAUGAAUCUGUCGCAGAGUAUGCAGCGAGCCAGAGAUGUCCACGGAGAAAACCCGGCUCUCGCUUCUGGCCAGUCCGGGUACCUGGUCCAACCUGUAAGCUACGGUGAGCCCAGAGUGAGUGGACUGCAGCAGCAGCAAAAACAACAUGCAGGUCCGCCGUCCCACGCUGUCAUGCUAGCCAAUGGGCAGCCGAUGCGCGUCCCUGUGGAGUAUCACCCACAACCUCAGCAACAGGCCAAUGACAGCUCUCCUAAGUCCUCCCUUAAAGCCUCAGAUCUUUCAGGCCGGGCGUGCCUCCCGGAGAGGGCCGUGGGUGAGCCGGUCAUACCUCAGCAGCAGCCCCCCGCUGAGGUGACCCAGGUCUUAGCUCCAAGCACUGUCCCCGGACCAGCCACUGCCAACCCGUCACACUUCAUGAAGGGCGCCAUUAUCCAGCUGGCCACUGGGGAGCUGAAGCGCGUGGAGGACCUGCAGACUCAGGACUUUGUGCGCAGCGCCGAGCUUAGUGGGGGUCUGAAAAUCGACUCAAGCAUGGUGGUGGACAUUCGCGCCAGCCAGCAGAGGCCCGAUCUCGUGACGCUGCACUUUACUGUGGGGGAGCAGCAGAGCAAAGUGACCAUUGAUGUACCCCCGGAGCACCCUUUUUUCGUGUUUGGCCAAGGCUGGUCAUCCUACAGCCCGGACCGCACAGCACAGCUUUACGGCCUGGCCUGCCAUCAGAUGCAAGUUGGGGAUGUGUGCGUGUCCAUCACACUGCAGCAAAAAGCCGCCGUGCAACACCAUCACCCCCAACAGCAGAAUGUGGCUAGGACUUUGAGCAAAAGCGCUUCUGCGUCUGAACCCGUUCAGCAGCUCAUGGGGCCGCCCGCCCCGCAGCACUCGCGUCCUCAGACUCAUUUCAGGACAGAGCGCAUGCACAGAGACAGGCAGAGGGAAGCAGAGAAAGACACGGCGGACAAGGAAGAAGCCACACACCACCCCGAGCCCCACGUCAGACCGAGUCGGACCUCGGGCGAGCACCCCAGGAGUCAGAGCGGCUACCAGUUGCACACGGAUGCCUCUGCCUUGGCGGGUGCCGCCAUGGGGGCCGUGCUGGGUGCUUCUCAGAGGCGCUGGUCCUCACCUGGCCUCCAAAGAUACAGUAUGAAGGGAGAGCAUGGCGCCUGUCCACAGAUCAGCACCUCUGGACACAUCCGGCCCUCCUUUAUCCCCCAAGAGGUCAAACUGUCCAUCGAAGGACGCUCCAAUGCAGGGAAGUAGCAACGCCGGUCUGUGGAAAUUAGGGCUGAACGAUUAAUCGAAAUUAAACCGACAUCACACUGAUUUAGAAUGCAUUACAGUCGCAUUCUACAACAUUGUUUCUAACUUACCAUCCACAGUCAUGGUUUCGUGGAAUGAACUGCACACACUGCAACCUUGCCCAACAUACUCAUUCUACAAGAUGGAACAAAUCUAUGUCAAUAGCAAUAUUUAGCUCAGAUUUAUUUACUAGAUAAUGCUUUUUGCUGUUUGCUUUUCUUAAUUCCCCUUUCCGAUUGGCUAGCUAACAGUCAAUUAGAGUGAUCAGUUAUCACAGACACCCAAUGCCAUUUUGCAUAUACAAUUUGGCAAAAACUGCUCACCGAUUAACAGUUUAUUUUUUCAACCCAUCUAAGAAGCACAAUGACUGGAAAAAGCAAUUUCUUAAUCCUUCACAUGCACAAAAACGGAACUGAUCGACUAUCUAGUCGCAAUUGGUAAACAGAAAUAAUAAACACACAUUACCUGGGAGAGAUUUUUAAACAGUUUUUUAUGACAGAACUUUACCUGUCCAAAAAUUAAAAGCACAUGAAAGUACAUCUAUAUUACCACAAUUUUAUCUACCACCUUUUUAUAGAAGGAACACAUUUUGCCCAGAAGUAACAUCAACAUACACGAAACACAGCACUAACAAAAACAAUUCAAGUUUCAUUACAUUGGAAAAAAAUGAAGGUUGAGGGUUAACAAAAAUUGCCAUGAAAAUCUGAGCAAAAAAAUAUUCACGGGUAAAGUUCUGCAGUAUAAACAAUUGAAUUUGCCCCCAAUCAUUGGGUUAUCAUUUUAAAUACACGAGAUAAGGACCUUGAAAAACUAAUCUCAUGUUAAAUUGCAACCACAAUACUUUGGAAUUGCAAUUAGAUUGUAUUCCAAAAUCGUUCAGCCCUAGUAACAGCUGUGGAGGAGACCUUUUGCGGAUGGAGAAAAGAGUGAGAAUGUAGCCUGAGAAUGUUGAAGAUUCUUUGCACAUCCAACUGAAAAAAAUAUCUAUAUCUGUAUCUUGUUCUGGCUCCACGUCACUCGCCCUAAGGGAGAAGUUUGUAGUUUCCAGGAAUAGUCCUCGUACACUGCAUUUCUCCUCCCUCUGUCACCACUUCCUCACUGGAGGUCACCACCUCUUUUGGGAACGCCCCGGCUUCCUGAUUGGAAUGCACUUGGACGACUCCAGCUUGCGUUUGGAGCCCUCUAAUCUUGAAUCCAUUCCUGACGGCCGGCGUCUGUUGCGCGACGCUGACACACGAAGCACAGCGCGUUCCGUCGCUCGUCUUACAAUCCAACUUGUGAAGAAUCAAUCACGCCCUCUUUUUGUCCACUAACACCUCCGUGUGUUUAUGUCUGUCUAUGUGUGCUUAAGUACAACAAACUGGAAUCCGUGCUUUAUUCAUUCCAGUAUCGUCAGCGAGUCCACCCUACCUACUCAUCUCCUCGAUGAACCACAGAGACCUCCUUAAACAGCAGACUGUGACCUUGGGGAAUGACCCAGAGAAUCACGUUUGCCUUUGUCUCGAGUCUGCGCAUUUACCAAAAUUUAAGCAAUAGAGCCCGCAGCGGGGCCAUCCUCAUCAGAUAUUUUUCCAAAAAAAGCCCACCUUGUCUCACCCCAACUUAAAUAUUGAUGCACUAUUUCCAUCCUCCAUUUUCUAAGCUUGUUGAUUCCCCAUCUCGCUGAUGUUUGAUCACAUUUUUGUAUUUUCCUCUGUUUGUCCGUGGUUAAUUAGUCACCAAACUUUUGUCUCACAGCACGCGAAGGGAAUAUGCUUGGAAAACUGACAUGCGUUCAAAAAAAAAAUCUGUUUACAAAUUAGCCAAGAUGAAUGCUGCAGUUUCCUCCUGCUCACUGAAGAUGUAAGUGCAAUUAGAAGACACGGAAACAUGCAAAGGUUUUAGUAAUUAGGCAGCACAUCAUACACGCAGAGACAUUCCGACUAAAAAAGUACGACUUCCAACUGGCUGUUUCGCUUUGUGUUGAGCAGCAAAUAUUUAAGUUAAAAUGUCUGGCCUCUGGCCUCAUCUAAAAAAAAGUAAUCUACAGGGUGUCUCUUAAGUCAGGACACUUUAAUAUUUUAAGUUACAUUUCCAACAUUCCAUUGAAUUAGAAUACAGUGUUGCCCACAUAUUCACAUUUUUUUUCAUGGGAGUAACCUACCCUCUAACAAAAAAGUGGUGCUUUGGUGGUAUCUUUGUGCCAAGGAACUAUGUUGAAGCGAUGGUAGGCGUUUCCUUUAGUUAUGACAUAUCCCUAUCUAAUAGAAAAAUGUCGUGCUUUGGCACCAUUUUGGGAUCAAGGAACUGGUAAAUGGGCUGUCACUUACAGUACAAAGCGCCUUACACGGUUUCCUUAUUUACUUACUGAUGACGCAACAUAAAGAGCAACUGGGGGUUCAGUGUCUUGCUCAAGGACACUUAGACAAGGUGGCAAUGGCCAGGGAUUGAAUCCUGAACCUCUGGGUUGGGAGACGACCCCUCCACCACUGAGUGUGGUGUGCCAAAAGUAGUGCUGAGCCAUCGUCUUGUUGCAUAUAUGGGCAAUUCACCAAGUACUCAAAUAGUAGGGGGAAACACCGUAUUAACGUCUUUUAUAUAAUUUCCAACAUUUGUUAGGCAAAUUGUUGAUGCCUUUUGCAAAAUUCAGGUAAACUCAAUGCAAUAACUCAACAUUGCUGUCAGUUAUAUGUCCCGACUUCAGGGACGCCCUGUAUGAGUGAUUUUGAUGCUAUUUGCAAUACGGCUGCCUUUUUUUUUUUUUUUUUACUUACACACGCCGUCUUCUAUGCAGUAAACACAGCAGGACCGCUCAGCCGAUUGCUAGUUUGCUCUGCCGUUCUUCUCUCCGCUUGUCAUUGUGGAUGUUAAGCAGCAGCUGGGCAACCAACCUGCACUAGAAUACGUGCUCUCGCUUGCCAUGCAAUUCUGAAAACAAAUAAAACCUCAGAGGAACUCUUCAGAAGAGGCCAAAAAAAAUGUUUUAACCCGCAUAUGUUCGUAAUAUAUAGUAAUAGUGUUCCCAACCUUUAUUCAAGCAUAGCACAUUUUCUGAGAAAGUUCUCACAGUACACCAUCAAAAACAAAACUCACAAGUAUACUCAACUCACAGAAACUUAAAGAUGUCGGGCUGGGGGGGGGGGCAAUUACAGUGCACUAAAACCUUUAGAGGUGACCUUAAUAUGACCUCCAAAACUUUGAAUGUACAUAUCCAACAAUUGUUGGAAAUGUUUCAGAAGCUCAAUGACAAAAAUCUCUAACAGGUUUUUGAUCCAUGAAUGGAUCGAUACAUUACCUGGUUCCAUUAUAAUUGGACAUCAAGACACCUUGAGCAGUGAUUCCCAACCUUUAUUGAACCAAGGCACAUAUUUUAAGUUCGACAAAUCGCACAGCACACCACCAAACAGAAUUGUCACAAAAAGAGGAUACAUAAGUCAUAAGUCAAUUUCAUACUUUUUGCCAUCAAAGUUGCUGGCAUCGAUAGGACAAAGAUACAUUUAAUUUUUAUCAAUAAAUAAAUUGUAUCACCAAUGAAGUAACAUUUGAUAAGUUCCCGCAGCACACCGUUAGAGCUCUCACGGCACACUGGUUGGAAAUCACUGUUUCAUCUGAAAUUUUCUUUGACAGAGGGGGCGCGCAAAGUCCCCAUACGAACGCCAAUGAUUUAUAUGUCAAUAGAAAAUAAUUUUUAAUGCCAGGUUUUUUUAUUUGGUGGGCAGCAGAAAUAUCACCCUGCGCUGCCACAUAUAUCGCACAUGCCAGAGUCUGCCACUAGUUUCGAGGUCCAAUUAAGUUCACUUUUCAAGUGUGUUAACUUUAAUUAACUUUUUGUGAGUAGAGUAUACUAAAAUUAUGGUGAUGUCGUCUUCGUUUACUUACUGUGUGAAAUGGGCCUGCUUAGCUGAAAACAAAUCUAUUCUGUUAUGUGAAUGACGGCUGUAUAAAUGGAGAAACGGAUACAUUGUUUCUGCCAUCUAUGCAUUGUUGUCACAAAAUAAUUUUGGAAUCAAUAUAUAGAGUAAGCUCAAUAUGAUUUAAGGCCAUUAUGCAAACAGGUUUAUGAAAUUGUGAUUUUUGCAAGACUUUGGAAAAACCAAACAUAGGCCCGUUCGGAAAACGUUUCCCCACCCCUGAUUUAGUGUCAACAAUCACAAGGUAUUCAUCCCAUUUCAGGGCGCGAGCUUUGCCGCCUCUAUCUUUACCUUUUGGCCACCGGGGGCGCUCUGUUAUGUUGUUGUUGUGCCACGCCAGCCUUUUUUUUUUUUUUUUUUACUUGUGUUGACAUGGCUGACGGUGUGUUGCUGUGAGUACUUGCACUAAAUAUCCCCUUCUUGGCAGUGUUGUCGCUGUCGUUUGAAGAAUCGCAGGGCCAAAAGUCCUUUGCGCAUCUAUUCGAGAUCCUGAGGUCUAUGUACUAGAAUGCUAUUUGUCCUCACUAGUAGAACUUUGGAAUACAAGUCAGACAAGUCCAAGGUACUCGGGAAGAAAAACUGCACACCAGUUGACAUCUACAUGCUACUAGUCAAGCGCUAAAUGUUCGGAGAAUUGUAUUUGAAGAUUUAUAUUCUUGCUAUUUUUUGUUCGGUGUUCUGUAAAGCGCUUUGUUACCGCUGCAGCUGUUCUGAAAGCGCUAUAUAAAGAUGUAUAAAGGUCAAAAUAAGCUAUUCGAAUCGUCUUUGAAUCUAAAUCUGCUUUCUUUUUGAUAAUUUGACAUUAUUUCCAAGAUAUUACUCAAGUAAAUAUCUGUUACAUACUUUGUAAAAAAAAAAAAAAAAUGGGAUUCAUUGCCGCUGUGGAAAAUUGUGCGACUAAUUUGUUGAAAAAAUUUUAAUCGCUUGACAACACACACAAUUUAUAUAUGCGUUUUAUAACGUUCCUACUCUCUAGCACGCGAGUACAAUCUUGAAGUUUCGGCCUUUAUUUGGUCUGCUCCCAGUGUGCCGAGUUGUCUUAUUAGUGAGGACAAAGAGCGCAGUCGUACAUGGACCUUAAGGUGAACAUGGAAUAAAUGCUCAAUCACUUGCCCGAGUUGUGUGCCGUUGUCAUACACGAGCUUUGACCGCAAUUGUUUGAUGCCUUAACUCCCGCUUUGUACAAUACAUGUGUGUGUUUGUGUGUGUGUGUGUGUGUGUCUGUGAGUGGUGGUGGACUUCCCAGAGAUGAAUUUUGAGGAAACAAACAAAAAAACAGAACA